CAAGAUGGCGUCUGGCGGAGAUUACGUUGUUUUGGUUAUUAUGGUUUCUAGGUCUUAAUUACAACGUACAUGUGCACAUGUGUGUCGUUUAACAGAGUAAACGUCCUUAUUAAUUGUUUGUAUGCGGAUACAUUAGUCUGAGUGCACUUUGACGUGCUAGCCUAGCCUGCUGGUUAGCUUAGCUUGUUAGCUGCUAACAAAGAGAGGCGGAAGUGAUCGACACAUCAAAGCAGAGAUCCAAUACGUCUGUGAAGAACAUCUUCACCCUGAGCAACAGAAGUGGAGCUUCAGGAUGCAGACGGAGGAGCCACAGCACAACAUCAUUAAGAAGGAAGAGGAAUACCCACUGAUCCCCCAUUUUAAAAAUGAAGAGGAACACCCACUAAUCCCCCAUUUUAAAGAGGAAGAGGAGGACCCACUGACACCCCAUUUUAAAAAGGAAGCAGUGGAUCCACAGACCCCUCACAUUAAGGCGGAAGAGGAAUACCCACUGAUCCCCCAUUUUAAAAAUGAAGAGGAACACCAAUGGCUACCCUUUUUUAAAGAGGAGAUGGAGGAACCACUGACACCACAUUUUAAAAAGGAAGCAGUGGAUCCACAGACCCCUCACAUUAAGGCGGAAGAGGAAUACCCACUGAUCCCCCAUUUUAAAAAUGAAGAGGAACACCAAUGGCUACCCUUUUUUAAAGAGGAGAUGGAGGACCCACUGACACCACAUUUUAAAAAGGAAGCGGUGGAUCCACUGAGCCCUCACAUUAAGGCGGAAGAGGAGGACCCACUGACCCCUCACAUUAAAGAGGAAGAGGAGGAACACAGCAUCAGUCAGCAGGGAGAGCAUCUUGAAGGACUGGAGGAGGUUGAUGUCACCAAGAUGCCAGUGACUGGUGUCCCUGUGAAGAGUGAAGAUGAUGAGGUGAAAGGUGAAAGUGAGGAGAGGGGAGGGGGGGAGCCUCCAAGCAGCAGCUCAACACAACACAUGACAACAGAAGCUGAUGGAGACCACUGUGGAGGAUCACAAGCAGACAAGCUCUUAGCUCCACUAUCAGAUAGUGAGGACACAACGUCACACUCUCCUGACACUGAUGAUGAAGACUCUAAAGAUGAUAAGACAUGUCACACUGACAACACUCACUUCACAUCUUCUCACUGUCACAAAACUUUUAAAUACCCAAGUGUUCUGAAAGAACACAUGAGAACACACACUGGAGAAAGACAUUUUUUGUGUUCGAUCUGCGGUAAAGAUUUUACUCAAAGAUACAUUUUGAAAAUACACAAGAGACUACACACUGGAGAAAAACCUUUUUCCUGCUCAGAAUGUGGUAAAAGUUUUGGAAAAAAUCAAAGUUUAAAAGUACACAUGAGAACACACACAGGAGAAAAACCGUUUUCCUGCUCAGAAUGUGGUAAAAUUUUUGUAAGAAAUGAACGUUUAAAUGCACACAUGAGAUCACACACUGGAGAAAAACCUUUUUCAUGUUCAAUCUGCGGUAAAGAUUUUACUCGAAGGGACCAUUUCAAAAAACACAUGAGAAUACACACUGGAGAACAACCUUUUUCAUGUUCAAUCUGCGGUAAAUAUUUUGCUCGAAAGAACUACUUGAAAAUACACAUGAGUACACACACUGGUGAAAAACCUUAUACUUGUUCAGUAUGUUGUAGAAGUUUUAUACAAAGUAUGCAUUUGAAAAGACACAUGAGAAUACACACUGGAGAAAAACCUUUUUCAUGUUCAGUCUGCAGUAAAGAUUUUACUCAAAUGCACCAUUUCAAAGCACACAUGACAAGACACACUGCAGACAAACCUUAAACAUGUUCAGUGUGUUGUAAAAGUUGUAUACAAAGUCCGUAUUUUGAAAAGACUCAUGAGAAGACACCCAGGAGAGAAAGUGUUGAGUUGCAGUGUGUGUGGUGAAAGAUUGUCUUCUAAGUAGCAGUGUAAGAAACACAAGUGUGCUGGUGAGAACAGCAGCAGCAAAUGAAACUGCAGGAUUUGAAAUAAACUGUCAAAUCUUAACUUCGACUUUGUAACAACAUCAGCACAUAGAUUCUAACAUUUAUAGAUUAGAUAUUUCAGAUUAUUGCUUUUUUCAGUCAAGUACAUGUUUUAAUAUACAACAUUGUGUACUUUUAUUUAAAAAUGAACACAACACUUUGACUGUAAAGGUGGGAAUAAACAGGACAAAACAUGUUACGAAUACUUUUUAUGUGUAUAGAUAUAUUCAGAAAUCAUGUUUGAUUUUUAAUGAUGUUGUAGAGUAACUCCUUUAUAUGAUGUACAUAUUUGUUUUACAUGUGUUCAUACCUUUGCUUUUGAAUACACAUAAAUCCCUCUUAAUUCAAAUUUAGUGGUUCACACUUGAAACACCUUCUGCACCACUUCUGGAAACAUAUUAUUAUUUACUUUAUACAUUUUCAGCAGUUGUCUUUUAUACAAGAUCAUUUACUUUUAAAAUCUGUGACUUUAUGAAUCAUUUGUUGGGUCUCAAUAAUCAAUUUUUUUUAAUUAAUCUGUAUUAUUCUCUUUUGUAAUAUGAAUAUUGUUUUAUAUGUAUGUCCCCUUUAUGCAAUAUGUAGGUUAGAGAAAAUGGCAACAUUAUAUGUGGAAGGUUAUGAAGGAUAGUUUUGUUUUUAAUAAUCUACAUUUCUUAUUUUUUUUAAAAACUACACAUGACAAUUUAAAAAAAAAAAGUUGUUUAUGAUUUUGUUCCCCCUUUUUUAGAAUCCCUCAAACAUUAUCAAUUUCAGAAAACAUGGGGAAGUUUGGAUUGUUAGGGAAAAGUCAAUAAAAGUCAAUCCAUCCAUUGUUUCUA